AUGCUGCAAAAGAGUGGACUUCUCCUUCUGCUGCUGGUGCUGGUCACUGCCGCGUACGAGCAGGACGAGAGCGAGUCUUCGCCCCGGAGAGCGCGCUUCUCCGCCAACAGCCCCUCGGACGUCGCUCGGUGCUUGAACGGUGCCCUGCAGGUGGGUUGCAGCGCCUUCGCCUGUCUGGAUAACUCCACCUGCGACACCGACGGCAUGCACGAUAUCUGCAAGUCCUUCCUCCACGGCGCCGCCAAGUUCGACACACAGGGUAAGACCUUCGUGAAGGAGAGUCUGAAGUGCAUCGCCACGGGCAUCACCUCCAAGGUCUUCCUCACCAUCCGCCGCUGCUCCACCUUCCAGAAGAUGAUCUCCGAGGUGCAGGAGGAGUGCUACAGCAAGCUGGACCUGUGCGCCGUGGCCCGCGCCAACCCCGACGCCAUCGGAGAGGUGGCUCAGGUGCCCAGCCAGUUCCCCAACCGGUACUACAGCACACUGCUGCAGAGUCUGAUGACCUGUGAUGAGGACACGGUGUCGCAGGUGAGGGCGGGGCUGGUGUCCCACCUCGGCCCAGACAUGGAGGUUCUGUUCCAGCUGCUGCAGAGCAAGCCCUGCCCCCUGCCUUCUGGAGGCUCCGCCCCCGCCGGGGUGGGCGGUAACGGUGCCUGGCGCUGGCCAAUGGGACCGCCCAUGUUCAAGAUCCAGCCCAACCUGCGCACCAGAGACCCUACCCACCUGUUCGCCAGGAAGCGGUCCGCGGGGGAACGGCCCUAA